AUGCCAUUGUGGACGCGUGGAUCCGAGUCCACUGGAACGAUGGCUACCUCUGAGGCGCGAAUAGGUGCCGCGGCUGGUUCCGUAGGGAAUGCGGAUUUCGAAAUUCAAAGCGGAUCCGAAAGGGCAUGUCUCGAGAGAUGUGACACGCGUUUCCACGUUCCCCUUGGCAAAGCUCUGCCGUUAUUGAGGUUUCUUCUGGAGCACUAUCGCGGGAAUUCAACCGUUUUUUUAGAGGCCGAAAAAAAGGUCCCGCUCACUUACUCGCGCAUCCGAGAGGUUAACGGAGCCGCGGCGGCGGAAGCGCUUUUCGGGACAAAGGACCUCCUUGAGAAAUCGAACUUGACAAAUGAGACAGAACCUCAGGAGACCAAAAGCAACGGGGGAGACCAGGACUGCUGCGGACAGAACUGUUCCGCCGGUGCCAUGGAGGCGGCGUUUUGUCGCCGCGAGGACUGCUGGUGCAGAACCUUGCUUUCCUUAAGGGGAAGCCUCGCGAUUCCGGUGAAUCCAUGCAGUUCUGGGAGUCUCGAGGCAAUCGAGGAAGAGGCACGAAAAGUGGCGGCCGUUCUGCGGACAGGUUCCCAAGAUCACUUAAGCCUCACAGAGGGCUUGCUCACUCGGGCCAUACUCGACUGCCAAGUGAACGUAGAGGCUGGGCACCUGGACGUCUGGCCCGGUUCGAAACUCACAGAUCCAGCAGAUGAACUUCUUGCGCGUGAGCACCAGGCGCAUGUGAAGCGCAGAUUUGUGGAGAGCGUUCGCGACAUGUCCGAAGAGGCAAAGCGGCAGGCUGUCUCAGAUGCCGCAGAGAAUGCAAAAACCAAUACCGAGGAUUGGUCCAGCAAGACAGUGGAAGACACUCAAGAGAACUCGACGGGCGUUUUUCGCCCUGAGAACGCGGACGUGAGAGAAGCGGAAGAACGAACAUGCAUGCACUUCACCUUCAGGGACCGCAAGGACACCCUGCACUUCCGAGAAGCCGUGGCGGCAGCGCUGGGGGCUAGCUUUUGGGACAGUGACAAAAAAGAGGAAAAGGAGGAGGAAGUGACAAAUGGACGUCAACGGAGUUUGGAGACCGGCGACACAAAACUGGCGGAGCCGCUUUUAGAGCAGCUUCUCUUCGUUCUUUGGGGACCAGCAGAUUCGACGUUCACGGAAGAAGUUCUUGCCUGUCGGCCCUCGGUGUGGCGCUCGCGCCUGGCAGUGUGCUCAGAAUGCUCGGGGGUGAAAAGCACCUGCUGUCAGCGGUAUGCAUGCAAGCAAAGCUGCUGCGAAUGCUGUCUCCGAGUCGGAAAAGAAGACCCGUCCCGCGGCCACAGUGCGGCGCAACAGACGCGUGAACACAGUCUCUCUGAUGUCGAAGAACGGAAGCCAGAGGGGUGUGGGAUCCCCGCGGGAGAGAAAGACGAGGAGCUGAACUUCGUGGAGUUCUUCGACUGUACCUGUAGCAGAUUUCGCAGCUGUGUGAUCCCGAUAGCUGACCGCGAUGUCGCAGAAUACCUCGAUGAAGAUUCGUUGCUUCUUCCUGAGGGUGCAAAAGGCGGACGAGACUCAGACGCCGAGAGUGGGAAGAAGAACGAAAGGCUCGUCAACUACACUUUUGCACCGCCGGCUACCGACGAGAGCGACAGCGACGAUUCAUGGAACUAUGACCCAUCUUCGUCGUCCGAUGAAGAAGACUCAGAUCCUGAUCCGCCUCAGCCGGGCUCUACUACUGUGCAGCUGCCGCCCUCUGCCCCUCGACGCAGACUUACAUCAGAGUCGGAGACCGAGGGCAGAACUGGCGUCUCGUCAACCGAAGCAGAGAACGCUCCUUCUUCCGCAGCUGGCGACAGUCGCCCCACGGGUACAAGCGGGGCAGUGGCACGCGCGAGAAAGUCUCUGCAUGCGAGUGACUCCGUCCGACAUUUCAGCAAGAGAAUAGAGAGAGCGAUCUCGCUGCUAGGAGACAGCUGCGUCCCGUUCGUGAACUCUGUCUGCCCCACAGACGCCCGGUGGAUGGUCUCAGGGGCGACAUUUACGAACCGGACGAGUGCAUUUGGAUCGACCACAGCCAGCGUCAGCACCAGCAGCAGCACGAUGGCUUUCUGCUGCUCGCAUGCAUGGGAAGUCCUUCUGCUUCUGAAGAGCUCGCAGCACGUGAGCGAUGCCCUCGCCAGGCCUCUCCAUGGCUGCGUGGAUCUGCUUGUCGAACCAGCUACCUUCUCGAAUAUAGGAGAUCUAUGUACCGCAGAACCUCCAGAGGGCAAGACAGGCUGUCUGCGGGACGCAAGAGCAGGUGCUAGACACGACGUCUCUGAGUCGCAGUCUUUCGCAGGAGCUGGCGGUGUCGGGAAUGUGCAGAAGAAGAAGGAGGGAAAUGAAACUCGGGAGACGCUUCAGGGACGACCUUUUCAGGCAUUUUCAGCGCAUGCAGUCAGAGAGUUUUCCCGGGUUCACGUGGCGCUGCCGCUGUGGGCAGAGGGGGCGGAGCCAGGCGACUCAACAGACCCGUCAAACUUGACACCCGUGGAGGGAUGUGCAGGAAGCGAGGGAGAAAAGACCUCAGUCUCUCGCGCGUUCAAGAUUUCAAAUGAGAAGGAUGAGGCGGAAGAACAAAGCAUUGUUUAUCCGCAUGUGGCAUUUGGAGCCGCGUCGGAGUGGCGAGAGCGCGUGAGAGUUCUCGAUGAGCUGUCGCUUGUGGAGACGAAACGGCUAGAAGAGGGAAUGGAGUUCAGGUGCUUCAUCAAUGGAGGGCAGCUUCUUGGCAUCAGCCAGCGAUACCUGCAAGACUACUUCCCUUUCUUGGUCAACAAGCCGCAGCUGCAGGUGCAAGUGAAGCGAUCGAUCGCCGCCUUCGUGGCGAGGGCGGUGCUCGGAGCUGAGGCAAAUAGCGGAAAGAAUCCCGUGCAAAAGAAACCUUUCCUUCGACGGUUUGUCGUCGAUGUCUACGUUCAACGCAAGCAAAAAAGAGAGGCAAAGAGUGCCAGCGAAGAGCUCCCUGGUCGCUUCAAGUGCUGGUUGUUGAACGUGCUGCCUUGGGGGCAGAAAACGGAGUCUCUCCUUUUCUCAUGGGAGGAGCUGCGAAUACUCGCGUACACUUCACGGGUUUCAGGAACUUUCCUGGAAGCUCAAAGCGACAUUUCAAACACUUGUGCGGAAGCUGAGUUGCAAACGUUUUCUGGAGGUGGAUCUGGCAAUCUUGAGCUGCGAAUCAUCGAAGAUCCAGACGAAGCAGAUGCCUCACUUCGAGAUGGGACACUUCAGCUGCCUAAGGAGCUGCAAGAUAUCGCGAGGGUUGCAGGAGCGCGAGGCAUUGAGCGCGGAGCGCCUUCCCUUGACGACCUCCUCUACGACCUUCAGGCCGCGCAUGCAGAUGCUCUGCGCUCACAGAAGAAACACGGAGCCAAAGAAGGGAAAUAG